GUUCCUAGAGAUUUCCGUCACCAAAUUUUAAGCGCUAUACACAGUUUAUAUCAUCCUGGCCAGGGAUGAGAAAAGAAAUUUCUAAUGUCGUCAAAACUUGUUUGGCAUGUAAACGAUCAAAAAUACAACGACACAAUUCGUCAACACCGGUCAUGUACGAGCCACCUCAUGGACGUUUUGCUCACAUUAAUAUCGACCUCGUCGGCCCAUUUCCAUUGUGCGAAGGACAACGUUACUGCCUAACUGUCAUCGACCGAUUUACACGUUGGCCCGAAGCUAUUCCUGACAUGGCUGCGGAGACUGUAGCAAAAGCACUGGUGACCCAUUGGAUAUCCAGAUUUGGAGUUGCGAAUCACGUCCGACAGAGAAACUAACAAUCUACAUCUAUCGCCUUCUCCGAUGUAUCGCAGCAACUACACAGAAGCAUCUACCUUACUAAACACCAACACUUCUGAAGAUAUUCCUAAGUCAUCCAGCGGUAGAAGAAUAAAACUUCCAGUAAGAUUUAGAUGACCUUUUCCCAGCGAGGGGAGUGAUGCAAAAUAAACGGAAUGCAGAAAA